CUUCCCGGGGAGAAUUUUCCCCGGCCCGGGGCUAGGGUCUGGCGCUGGGGCGCCCCUCAGACCUGCGGGAUCUCCCCUAAACUCUGGGGCGCUGAGCGCGACACAGCCGCUGCCGCUGCCGUCCGGAGCGCUGCAGACUCCCUAGAACAGCCCUGGCUGUCAGCGAGCACCAGCCGCUUCCCGGCCCCAGCGCUAAGACUGGAGGGGCGCGCCACCUCCACCGAGCCAGAGGCGCUUCAGGAGGCAAGAGAAGUCCCCGCGCGCUCCGGGGCCCGGCGCAGCUCAUGGUGAGCGCCCUCUGGGGCUCGAGGGUCCCUUGGCUGAGGGGGCGCAUCCUUGGGGUGUCCCAUGGGGCUGCCUGGGGGUCGCAGGGCUGAAAUUGGGACCGCCCACAGACCGCCCCUGCAGCCCAGCCCGAAAUGCUGCCGCCAGGGAGCAACGGCACUGCGUACCCGGGGCAGUUCGCGCUGCACCAGCAGCUGGCGCAGGGGAACACCGUGGGGGGCUCGGCGGGGGCACCGCCACUGGGGCCCGCACAGGUGGUCACCGCCUGCUUGCUGACCCUACUCAUCAUCUGGACGCUGCUGGGCAACGUGUUGGUGUGCGCGGCCAUCGUGCGGAGCCGCCCCCUGCGCGCCAAGAUGACCAACGUCUUCAUCGUGUCUCUGGCCGUGUCAGACCUCUUCGUGGCGCUGCUGGUCAUGCCCUGGAAGGCAGUCGCCGAGGUGGCCGGUUACUGGCCCUUUGGAGCGUUCUGCGACGUCUGGGUGGCCUUCGACAUCAUGUGCUCCACAGCCUCCAUCCUGAACCUGUGCGUCAUCAGCGUGGACCGCUACUGGGCCAUCUCUAGGCCCUUCCGCUACCAGCGCAAGAUGACCCAGCGCAUGGCCUUGGUCAUUGUCGGCCUGGCCUGGACCUUGUCCAUCCUCAUCUCCUUCAUUCCGGUCCAGCUCAACUGGCACAGGGACCAGACGGGCUCUUGGGGCGGGCUGGACCUGACUAACAACCUGGCCAACUGGACGCCCUGGGAGGAGGACGUUUGGGAACCCGACGUGAGGGCAGAGAACUGUGACUCCAGCCUGAAUCGAACCUACGCCAUCUCUUCCUCGCUCGUCAGCUUCUACAUCCCCGUGGCCAUCAUGAUCGUGACCUACACGCGCAUCUACCGCAUCGCCCAGGUGCAGAUCCGCAGGAUUUCCUCCCUGGAGAGGGCAGCAGAGCAUGCGCAGAGCUGCCGGAGCAGCGCAGCCUGCGCACCAGACACCAGCCUGCGCGCUUCCAUCAAGAAGGAAACCAAGGUUUUCAAGACCCUGUCCGUGAUCAUGGGGGUCUUCGUGUGUUGCUGGCUGCCCUUCUUCAUCCUUAACUGCAUGGUCCCUUUCUGCAGUGGACACCCGGAAGGCCCUCCGGCCGGCUUCCCCUGCGUCAGUGAGACCACCUUCGACGUCUUCGUCUGGUUCGGUUGGGCCAACUCCUCACUCAACCCCAUCAUCUAUGCCUUCAACGCCGACUUCCGGAAGGUGUUUGCCCAGCUGCUGGGGUGCAGCCACGUCUGCUCCCGCACGCCGGUGAAGACGGUGAACAUCAGCAAUGAGCUCAUCUCCUACAACCAAGACACCGUCUUCCACAAGGAAAUCGCAGCUGCCUACAUCCACAUGAUGCCCAACGCUGUUACCCCCGGUGACCCAGAGGUGGACAACGAUGAGGAGGAGGAGGGUCCUUUCGAUCGCAUGUCCCAAAUCUAUCAGACAUCCCCAGAUGGUGACCCUGUUGCAGAGUCUAUCUGGGAGCUGGACUGCGAGGGGGAGAUUUCUUUAGGCAAAAUAACACCUUUCACCCCAAAUGGAUUCCAUUAAACUGCAUUAAGAAACCCCCUCAUGGAUCUGCAUAACUGCACAGACACUGACAAGCAUGCACACACACACAAAUACAUGCCUUUCCAGUGCUUCUCCAUUUAUCAUGUGUUUCUGUGCAGUAGCUCAUGUGCUUAGAAACCUCACCCCAUUGAUUGGUAGUUGAAAGAAUUGGCGGAAGCAGUUGCAAUCAACUCAGUCAAAUAUACCCAGCCUACCAGAGAUAGACCAAUGAUCCUAUUAGAGAAGAGAGUAUGGUGCUGCGUCCUUAAAAAAAAACAAGUGAUACUUGGUCCUUAAAAAAUACGCUCUCCCCUCCCUUUUUAAACUAAUGGCUUGUUUAGUCACUUGUUUGUGUUUGAAUUGAUUUUUAAAUAGCAGUUUGCGUGUGUGUGCAGUGAUGUGGUGGGAGCACAGCUUUCCUGUGUCUGGAUUCCUGUGACUCUGUGCUUAUGUCAUUUCUUCUCUCUGUGCUGGUGGGUGUCUCUUCACCAUAGCUGAAGAAGUCUCUCUGAUUUAUUCUGGUGUCUAAUAAACACAAAUUAUUUGUA